AUGAUGUUACUUCCCUUCGAACGUCGAAUGUCCAUAUCAUGGACCAGCUGCAACACCACGUUGGAAGACGACUCCAUAUCCGAGGCCCCUCUGUGGCAUAAUGGCCUCACCUUCCAUCGCCUAGGUCUGAUUCUUUGCGCCGCCUUUGGCCUGGUCGCAGUAUGCUGCUCCGUCUUUCUCAUGCUCGCCCAUGCCACGCAUUACAGUAAACCGCGCGAGCAACGACACAUCAUUCGAAUCCUCUUCAUGGUCCCGAUCUAUUCUGUGGCCUCGUUCCUGUGCUUUCUCUACUACCGCAAGUCCGUGUAUUUCGAAGUCCUCUGCGAAUGCUACGAAGCCUUUGCAAUUGCCGCGUUCUUUACCCUGCUUUGCCAUUACAUCGCACCUGAUCUACACUCCCAAAAGGACUACUUCCGUGGCAUCCGCCCGAAGCCCUGGCUCUGGCCGCUGAACUGGUUCGCUAAAUGCUGCGGCGGUGACCGUGGGUGCUGGAGGACACCGCGAAGCGGGUUGACCUGGUUCAAUGUUAUUUGGAUUGCGAUCUUCCAAUAUUGUGUUAUUCGCGUUACCAUGACCAUUGUCGCCGUCAUCACCGAGGCGUUUGGCCGAUACUGUGAAGCGUCUUUGAGUCCCGCAUAUUCGCAUAUUUGGACCUUGGUCAUCGAGUCCGUUGCCGUCUCGAUUGCUAUGUACUGCUUGAUUCAAUUCUAUGUCCAAAUCCGCCAAGAUGUAGCACAACACUCGCCUUUCUUGAAGAUCUUGUCCAUCAAACUCGUCAUUUUCCUCUCUUUCUGGCAAACUACCGUGAUUUCUUUCCUGACUUCGUCCGGUGCCAUGAAGCCGUCCGAAAAGGUGGAAAACCAGGAUAUCAAAAUUGGUAUUCCUAACCUUCUGAUCUGCCUGGAAAUGUCCAUUUUCGCCGUCUUGCAUUUCUGGGCUUUCCCGUGGCAGCCCUACCGACUGAAGAACCAGCAAGCUUCGGAAGAUGCUGAAGUUAUGAACGGGAAAAUCGAGUACCAUGGCGGUACUAUGGGAAUUAAAGCGCUUGUGGACGCAUUCAAUCCGUGGGAUUUGGUAAAGGCCGUUGGGCGUGGUUUCCGAUGGCUGUUUGUUGGUGUCAAAACUCGCACUCAGGACCCCAGCUACAUGGGUCAAGAAGGAUCGACCUUCUCGCUCAAGAAUUCAGACGUACCAAGUCCGCACACUUCCACGCCAGAACCCAACGCCACGGCCUACAAAGGUGCAGAGCCAGCCGACAUUGCUCGUUACGGGGCAUCUGGGGAGGAAGGCCAGGAGUUAUUAUCACAUGCUCAGUCGAAUCCAACUUCAUAUCACCACCCGACGCCGAGCGACACCGAAAUUGGAGUGGCUCAUUCUUAUUAUGAUGAAGAAUCCCAGGGUCGGUAUUACAACCAAAGAUACGACGAUUCGCCGCCACCAACACAUGCCCUUGCACCAGCUGAGCCUCGGCCGAUUUCCCCCCAGGCAUACCAUCCUUACAAUCCAUACAACGCGCAACACAGUCCACCAUAA